GGACCCGGGGGACGGGUGCUCUAUCCCGGUUUCGGCAGAGUGUACGGUUCCCUGGGGGAGAGCGUGGUCACCCAGUGGGGCUCUGCAAACGUCAUCUGGCUACAGGUGAACGACAGCAGCCCUAAGACGGUGCUGUCCCAGCUGUGUGAGCUGCUGGCUGCUCGGCCCCUGCAGGGUCUGGUUUACGAAGAGGAGAGGCCCCCGCGCACGGCCUGGGGUCCUCUGGCCCCCAUGCUGGAGUUUGUGUCGGCGCAAACGGGACUGCCCAUAGUGGCAGUAGGAGGGGGAGCGGGGCUGGGGAGAAUGCCACAGGAAUCAGGUUCCAUCUUUCUCCAGUUCAGCUCCUCUACGGUCCUCCAACUGGAGGUCAUAUUUGAGGUGCUGGAGGAGUACGACUGGACCUCCUUCUCUGUGGUGUCCACGCGUCACCAUGGCUACCAGGAUUUCCUGUCGGUGGUGGAGGGCCUGACGGACGGCUCAUUCAUCGGCUGGGAAAAGAAGAGCGUGGUCAUCCUGAACGUAACUGACGAUCCCGGGGGUGCGCGCACGCGCAGGCUGCUGAAGGAGAACGAGGCGCAGGUCCGCUUGCUGUACUGCUCCCAAGAGGAGGCCGAGCUGGUCUUCCGAGCAGCCUGGGCCGCCGGUCAGGCCGGAGCCUCACACAUGUGGUUCGCCGUUGGGCCAGCGCUCUCAGGUUUAGGCAUGGAGAGCCUGCCGAGGGCUCUGUUUGCCGUGCGGCCCCAGGGAUGGAGGGAUGAACCCCGCCGGAGGAUUGCGCGGGGAGUGUCGGUGCUGACGCACGGGGCCGUGGCCAUGCGCAAGGAUUACGGGACAACGGGCGGGCCGAACUUUGUCACCAACUGCAUGACGGAUGCCAAUCAGACCCAGAGAAUGCGGGGCAGGAUGAGGUACUUCAGCAACAUCACGCUCGGUGGCCGAGAUUACUCCUUUGACGCUGACGGCUACCUAGGCAAUCCAUUCCUAGAUGUCAUAUCCUGGACACCUGGGAGAGGAUGGGAAGAUGUAGGCUGGUGGGAGAAUGGCGUACUAAGGCUGCGAUACCCAGCUUGGUCCCGCUAUGGGCCUUUCCUUAAACCUCCAGACGAUGCCCAGCACCUGCGUGUUGUCACCCUGGAGGAACGACCAUUCGUCAUUGUGGAGCUGGCAGACCCUGCAUCUGGAACUUGCAUCCGAGACUCAGUGCCCUGCAGACGGCCCCUCAAUGCCAGCGCAAACCAUGAAGGAGUGGCUCCCAUGAAGCAAUGCUGCAAGGGCUUCUGCAUCGACAUACUCAAGAGAUUGGCUAAGAUAGUCGGUUUCACCUACGACCUUUAUCUGGUGACCAACGGGAAGCAUGGGAAGAAAAUUGACGGCAUUUGGAACGGCAUGAUUGGAGAGGUGGUAUACAAACGGGCAGAUAUGGCCAUUGGCUCUCUGACUAUCAAUGAGGAGAGAUCAGAGGUUGUGGAUUUCUCUGUCCCUUUUGUGGAAACGGGGAUCAGUGUCAUGGUCUCCCGUAGCAACGGAACUGUAUCACCAUCUGCUUUCCUAGAGCCCUACAGCCCAGCAGUGUGGGUGAUGAUGUUCGUCAUGUGCCUGACCGUAGUGGCUGUGACUGUCUUCAUCUUCGAGUUUUUCAGUCCUGUGGGCUACAACCGCAGUCUACAAACUGGCAAGAAGACAGGAGGGUCUACAUUCACUAUUGGAAAGUCUGUGUGGCUUUUAUGGGCCAUUGUCUUCAAUAACUCUGUGCCCGUGGAAAACCCCAGAGGAACAACGAGCAAGAUCAUGGUGCUGAUCUGGGCCUUCUUCGCCGUUAUCUUCCUGGCCUCGUACACUGCUAACCUGGCAGCCUUCAUGAUCCAGGAGGAGUACAUUGACACGGUGUCAGGGCUCUCAGACAAGAAGUUUCAGCAUCCCGAGGAGCAGUACCCACCGCUAAAGUUUGGCACGGUGCCCAACGGGAGCACAGAAAAAAAUAUCCGCUCCAACUACCCAGACAUGCACCAGUACAUGGGUAAAUACAACCAGAGAGGAGUGGAGGACGCCAUUAUCAACCUCAAGACUGGGAAACUGGAUGCUUUUAUUUACGAUGCUGCAGUAUUGAACUACAUGGCCAGGAAGGACGAAGGUUGUAAGGUGAUGACCAUAGGCUCGGGGAAGGUUUUUGCCACCACAGGCUACGGUAUCGCCCUGCACAAAAACUCACGCUGGAAACGUCCUCUUGACUUGGCCCUUCUGCAGCUGGUGGGAGAUGAUGAAAUUGAAAUGCUGGAGCGUCUUUGGCUGUCAGGUAUCUGCCAUAAUGACAAAAUUGAGGUGAUGAGCAGUAAACUAGAUAUUGACAACAUGGCUGGGGUCUUCUACAUGCUUCUGGUGGCUAUGGGCCUCAGCCUACUGGUGUUUGCCUGGGAACACUUGGUCUACUGGAAGUUACGCCAUUGCAUGGCCACGAGCUCAGGCAAACUUGACUUCCUCCUAGCUAUCAGCAGGGGCAUGUAUAGCUGCUGUAGCUUUGAAGAUGAAACAGCGCCAGGGGGUGCUAAAUCAUUGACUUCUCAUCACCACACCCCUAUGGUUCCUGUCCCAUCUCAACCACAUGUUAUCUCAACGUCAAUGACCAGUCCAGCUAUUGCUGUAGCACAGCAGCAGCAACCACCACAACAGCAACCGCAGUCGGUUUACAAGACACCUCUACCUGGCUCUCCUCCCACCGUGGUGCAUUCAGGAACAGCAGUGGGUCCCUCCAGCACCCCCAUUGCUGGUGCACCCCUCCCUUGCUCCACCUUCCUGCCCCGGCCAGAUCGCAGACUGGCUGUGGUGGAUCGCUGGAGACUGCCCAAAUCUGCAACAGCUACCAACCCUAGGGCUGUAAGGGGUGGUAUUCCUGACAUGGGACCUUUUGCUCAAAAGGUACUACCAAACUGGGCUUCAACUGCUGGAGGAGGUGGGGGACUUGAUGGCUAUAAGAGAUACUAUGGUCCCAUUGACCCUGAGGGACUGGGGCCCUGCAUGGAGCAGCAGGCAGGGUCCCAGACCCCCAAGACUAUGCCAAUGGGCCGUAAACCUCUUGGAACCCCGAGACUGCCUCCUAAGAGUCAAGCCCCUCUGCCUCCUACACCUCCACUGCCACACCCCUCUCCCCCUCUCCCCUCAUCCUUUUGGAGAAGACGAAGGCCCAAGAAGCCCAAAGAACCUGGAGGGCCACUGUACGAGAACAUUCUGCCCCCGGGGCGGAGGGUAGUGCCACGAGAUGGAGUGAGGGAGGGAGGAGGAAGGAGAGCAUGCCCCCUUUCUCCCCCACUCUCACUCCCUGUGCCGGUACCCCUCAGCCCCUCCUAUACCCCUCCCUCACCGUCAGCAUCCUUGCACUAUACGUCCUCAUCUUCUUCGUCGACUACGUCGUCAACAUCCACAUCCUCAUCUGCCUCAUCUUCUCGCUCCACCUCCCCCACAUACUCUUAUAGCUCCUCCAGGAGCACGCGGGACAGGGCCGGAGGACUUGAUGAAGAGGAUGAUGAUGAUGAUGAGGAGCUGACAGAAGAGUCAAGCCUUCUCCUUGGGAGGGGCCGAGAGCGGGAACGCUCAAUCAUUCGGCCUCGUUCCUUGAGCCACGGGCGCUUGCCUCCACCUAUACCGCCAAGGAAACCACGCACAUCAUGGGGUGACAGAGAACGUGAACGAGAGAGGGGUGGCAGCCAGCUGUCUCAACUUCAAGAGUGGUGGGCAAGCUGGAGUGAGAGAGAGAAGAGUGGAGGUGUGGCAGAUGCUGAGAGGCAAAAACGUGAGAAGAAGAGGAGAAAAGACAAGGAGAAGAGGAAAAAGAAAAAGAACAAAAAGAGAAAGAAAAGGGAAGAAAGGGAAAGAGAACGUGAGAGAGAAAGGAAACGAAGAAAAGUGAAAAGGAAGAAGAAAAAGGCACUCAGGACAAAGAAAAGGAAGAAAUCUACUGGGGGGAAAAGAUCAGAGCCAGAAGAUGGAGAUAUAGAGCCAGAGAGGGAAGGUGAAGUGGAAGGAGAGAGGGAAGUAGGAAUUCAGGACUACUCUUCCUUUUCUGCCCAGUAUCGGAGUACAUUUGGAGAGAAGCGGCGGGAAUCGUGGGAUGGAGAGCGGGAGAGAGUGGGAAGAGAUGGAGGUGAGGAGGGCAAUGACAGGGAAGGGGAGGGCAGUGGAAGAAGUAGAGAGAGGCAUUCCAAAUCAUCACACACUCAUUCCAGACAUCGUGCCGCCAGCAAGCGCUACCCCAACCUGAACAAACUCCCUGCCUCAGUCAAAUUUUGGGUGAACGGAAGGGAAGAUGACUUAAAUACUCCCCCCACAUCCCUGCACCCCUUCCUCCCAUCCAGCAAGCGACGAAGAAGUGGAGGCAUAGAUAGAGAUGACAGUGGCAGGGGAGGAGAGAGGCGUCCUUUGUUGAUGCCUUAUGAAAAAGAGAAAGCACAGACCAGAGAGGGGCUUUCCUUACAUGAGUGGGACUCCGAUGAUGAUGAGGAUGAUGAUGAUGAGGAAGAGGAGGAUAGGGAAAGAGAUAGGGAUCGGGUAGGGCAGAGAGGAAGGAGGGCAGGUCGGGGAGCAGUGUCUGAAACAGAGAGGGAAAGGAUAGAAAGAAGGGCAGAGGACAGUUACUCAGAUGAAGGCUCAUCAGGGGAGUUCGGCCAUUUUGAAAGGCGACCCACCUCACUAUCGCAUAGCCAGGAAGAGCUUCUCCCCCACUGCAGAAGUUUCAGCGGGGGCUCUCGGCCCAAACCUCUUCCUCUAAAAGCAGAUCCCAGUCAGGCCAAAUCAGGCAGCCAAUCUAACCUCAGCACACAGCCCUCUGACCUAGCACCUCAACCUCCACCGUCACCACCUCAGCAGCCAUCUCUUUCUCCUACUACCCUCCCUAUGCCUAUCCCGCCUCCGCCCUCCUCAUCUUCGGUCUCACCUCCAGCAGGGGUGGGGAUGGCCGGCCCGAGCCAAAUUCAGGCUUCAGCCAGUGCCAAACUCCAGUACCAGAGACUCCGUUCUGUGCCACAGCCACGAAGGUUCUACUCACCUCACCUGCCACUUAAAGCCAAGAGUCUGUGCUCGCGUCGAGGGUCAGCCCACUUCUCCAGCCUGGAGAGUGAGGUAUGA